AUGAGCAAGUUCUACGGCGUUGCUCACGGCUUCCAACGCGGCGUCUUCACGGAAUGGUCCGAAGCCAAAAAGCAAAUCGACAAGUUCCCACAGCCAGUUUACAAGAAGUUCUCAACAGAAGAGGAAGCACAAAAAUAUGUGGAUGAGAGAAAACCAAAAAAAGUUGAAUUGGCGUAUCCUGAACCAACACAUGACACUUACUAUGCUGUAGCACGCGGGCAUACUGUUGGUGUCUUCACGGAUUACAAUAAUGUCAAGGAAUAUAUUAAAAACUAUCCACAACCAUUGCACAAAAAAUGGUCAACUCUUGAUGAAGCCGUUGCUUACUUCAAAAAGUUCUAUCAAGGAAAUGAAGAAGAAGGAAAAGAUACAAAGACCGAAAAAGAAGCAAAAGCAGGAAAACCAGAGAAACGAGAUGCCAAGCGCAAAGCCGAUAAGGAAGAGACUGUCGAGAAAAAGAAGAAGAAGUAG